GCUCCCGUCUCAGCACCAGCAGCAGCGGGAAGAGAGACGCAUAAUCCGCUGUUAAUGUCGACAGCGAGGCGACACGACCGAUUUUAACCGACAUAUGCAGUGAAUUGGUGACCGUGACACAUUAAUUGCCCGGUAGCGUGUUUGUUUAGCGCGCGGUGUGUUUAGAGUCGGAUGAACGGCGGACGGGCCGGACGCGGACGCGCACGGAUGGGAUUCCCGGUGUAGAUGGAGAGAAGCCGAGCGUCGCUGCUGUAAAUAAUUCAUCAUUCAACGACAAUGCAUCUACACCAGGUGCUAACGGGUGCCGUUAACCCGGGGGAUUGCUGCUACUCCGUGGGAAGCGUCCACGACAUCCCGUUCACGGCGUACGGUUCAGGCUGUGAUAUCGUGAUUCUGGCCAGUGAUUUUGAGUGUGUUCAGAUUAUUCCCGGAGCUCAGAAUGGAAACAUACAGGUGGGCUGUGUGGAGUGCUCUCAGCAGCUGGGCCGGAUUGCUGCAUCUUAUGGAAAUACAGUGUGUAUUUUUGAACCAAUUGUUUCCAACCCAAACAAACGUCACAAGCAACUGAAUUAUCAAUGGCAGAAGACCGGACAGUUUUUCCUCAGUGCUAUAACCUACAAUCUGUCCUGGGACCCCCAAGGUGAUCGUAUCCUGGCGGCCACCGAACGUCUGCAGUUAUGGGCUCCACCGAACACUGAUGUUCUGAUCGAGGAGGAGGAUGGUCAGCUGAGCGAUGACAGAGCUCAUGAACUCAUCCUCAAUGACUGGAAAUGUGUCUGGCAGUGCAAGACGGCUGCUGCUGUACACAUCACUAAAUGGUCUCCUGAUGGAGAAUACUUUGCCACGUCUGGGAAGGAUGACUCUCUGCUGAAGGUGUGGUACCCGACCACAUCCUGGAAGUCAGCUGUGGUGAUGCCAGACGUGUCUGAUAAAAAAGCUCCGGAGGUUCAUUUCUCAUUCGUCUAUCUGGCUCAUCCGCGGACGGUCACAGGUUUCUCCUGGAGGAAGACUAGUAAAUACAUGCCCAGGGGCUCGGUGUGUAACGUGUUGUUGACGUCGUGUGCAGACGGUAUCUGUCGAGUGUGGAGCGAGACUCUUCUCCCUGAGGACAGUCUGCUGGGAGGACAGAUCUCAGAGAACAGCACCAGCUGUUCAUCACUGCCAAACUUCGCUCAGAAAGACAAGAUACAGCAUGCUCUGGAGUCGAUCCAUCACCUCAAGCAUCUGCGCAGGGGCCGGAGGAGAUCAUCCGCCCUGGUCGCCCACACCGAGCUUCUGCCGAGUCAGCUGGGGUCUCACGAAACCCACCGGCACAUCUCACACCUCGCCAACGCCCUCUGCCACUUCCACAUCUCAGCCAGCAUCAACCCAAACACAGAUAUCCCAGCAGCCCUGGCUGGAUCCGGACUCUUCUCUGAGGACGGCUUUGUGGUUCACUGGUUGAAUAAUAAAGAUCUGAGCUUCACGACCUCCAUGGACCUGUUCAUGCAACAACUGCGCAAACUCUCCGAGCAGCACCUGGAACAGAGCGCAGAUGACUUCGAGCAGGACGCCAGCGGCAAGUUUGACUUUGAUCUGGAUGAGAUGUCUGAAAAAGGCUCAUCGGAGCACGAGGAGGGCGAUCAGGAGGACAGUACUAAAGCCUCGUCUCCCGGUUCCAGCAGCAGUGUUCCUCUUCCCUCUGUGCUGCUGGAUCGUAAGCUGGAGGCUCUCAUCCUGGAGUGGAACAAGAGUCCCGACAUGCUCUUCACCAUCCACCCCAACGACGGAUCCUUUCUCGUCUGGCACGUCAAGUAUCUGGAUGAGUUCAUCCCCGGCAUCUUCAGACAGGUUCAGGUAUCGUUCUCCUCUCGUAUCCCGGUGGCAUUCCCCACAGGUGAUGCCAACUCUCUAAGUAAGAACAUCAUGAUGUACGCGUGCACGUUCACGGAGCGAGACAGCUGUGCUGCUGUGGAGGAGAAGAGAAGUGAGCGGCGUGUUCCUCAGAGCGCGUCAGUGUCCGCCGGCCUCGCUGCUCUCGGACAUUCUCUCGCCGCUGUCAUCGGCCCUGCCGUCAUGAUGGUGUCCAAACACGUGGAUGGAUCGCUCAACCAGUGGGCCGUCACGUUUGCCGAGAAGUCCGCCUUUUCCAACGUGCUCACGGUCUCGCACAAGUUCCGGUACUGCGGACACCGUUUCCACCUCAACGAUUUGGCAUGUCACACCGUGCUUCCCCUGCUGCUGACUUCUUCGCAUCACAACGCGCUGUUGACUCCACUCUCUGGGCCUGGAAGCGCGGAUUGCGAUCAGUAUGAGGGCGUGGCUCUGCAGCCUACCCGGCCAAUGAGAGGCUUCCCGCGGAAACAGCUGCGAAACGCCGCCACGCGCACGUUCCACGACCCGAACGCCAUUUACAGCGAGCUGAUCUUGUGGAGGGUUGAUCACAUCGGGCCGCUGUCCUGCACGGGGGGCGUGUCUGAACUGGCACGCAUAAACUCGCUCCACACCUCCGCCUUCUCCAACGUGGCCUGGCUGCCAACUCUCAUCCCCAGCUCAGUGCUCGGAACGUACUGUAACUCGGCAAGCGCAUGCUUCGUGGCGUCUGACGGUAAGAAUCUGCGUCUGUAUCAGGCCGUGGUGGACGCCCGUAAACUGUUGGAUGAGUUGUCAGAUCCAGAGACGUCUAAACUGGUGGGUGAAGUGUUCAAUAUCGUGAGUCAGCAGUCCACCGCCCGACCCGGCUGCAUCAUAGAGCUGGACAUCAUCACCAACCAGUGUGGGUCCAACACACAGCUGCUUCACGUGUUCCAGGAGGAUUUUAUUCUGGGAUAUAAACCACAUGAAGACAUUCCCGACUUCAACACUAACACUUUCCCCUCUGCAGAAGAGUAUGAGCCUCCUCCCUUCUCAGAGAAGUUCUUUCUGGUGGUGAUAGAGAAGGAUGCGAGUGGUAACUCUGUGUUACAGAUGUGGCAUCUUCAUCUGCGCUCUGUGCAGGCGUGUGUGGAUGAGCCGGUGAGUGACAGCUUCUUCAAGAGUCAGCUGACGGUUCCUGUGAGUCAGAUGAACGCUGACUCGUCUCCUGACAUCAGUCCAGGUCAUAGUGCGCUGCCCCGCUCCUCAUCCUCUGCCAAUCUGCAGUCCGCAAGCAAACUCAUCCUGACCUCGCAACUGGUUUACAGUCAGCGGUUAGACCUGCCCCCAGGGGUGGAGCUUAUCAGAGCCACGCCCUCUGCUGGUCAUCUGAGCUCCUCGUCCAUCUACCCGGUGUGUUUGGCGCCAUACCUGUUCGUGACUACCUGUUCUGAUGGGCGUGUCAGAUUCUGGCACUGUGGUGUGGAAGUGGAUCAGUCAGCACCAAACCCAGAGGAAGCGCGUUCAUAUCGCUGGGAGCCCUGGAGUUUGUUGAAAGAGGAAGAUGACAACGACAGCUCUGUGUCCGUCGCUGGCCGACCUGUAGCGGUCAGCUGUUCCUACACAGGCAGACUCGCCAUAUCGUUCAUACAGAUGUCGUCUGGAAACGAAGGAGGGGCGUGUCACGACUUUUCUAUGCUCGUGUCGAUCUACGAGUGCGAGUCGACAGGUGGAUCCGAGUGGGUCCUGGAACAGACCAUUCACCUUGACGAUUUCAGCAAACCUGCUAAAAUGCUUGACCCACGUGUCAGCGUCGACAGCAACUUGGUCGUGUACACCAAGUCAGAUCUGUUCGUGAGAAAAGACAGCCCAAAUAUCAAACACUUUGUGCAUCUGGACUGGCUGUCGAAGGAAGAUGGGUCCCACAUCCUGACGGUAGGGGUGGGAUCAAACAUCCUCAUGUACGGACGCAUUUCGGGGGUGGUCACCGAGCAGACCGGGGUCAAGGACGGCAUGGCGGUCACGCUGCCUCUGGGCGGCAGCAUAAAACAGGGCAUUCGCUCUCGCUGGGUGCUGCUGAGGUCGGUACACCUCGUCUCCUCUGUGGAUGGAACUCCGUCUCUUCCCGUGUCCCUUUCUUGGGUACGAGAUGGCAUCCUGGUGGUGAGCAUGGACUGUGAGAUGCAGGUCUACGCUCAGUGGAGGCAGGACGAGAAACCAGACAACUCUGAGAAUGACGGAAUCUUCUCGCCAGACGCGGUUGGAGGUCGUUCGGUCUCUGUGUCGAACGAGGGUCGAGGGCGAUCCAAGAGCGUGUUUGAGGGCGGCGCCGGAAUCGAGGAUGCGUUGCGUCCCCCGGCAGUGAUUCAGGAUGGGGGCUUGUUCGAGGCGGCUCAUUCGUUGUCGCCCACCCUCCCCCAGUACCAUCCCACGCAGCUUCUGGAACUGAUGGACCUGGGACGGGUCAAACGCGCCAAGGCCAUCCUGGCUCACCUGGUGAAGUGCAUCGCUGGCGAGGUUGCUGUUGUGAGAGACGUGGAGGCAGGUGAGGGGGGUGCCAGGAGACACCUUUCUAGAACCAUUAGCGUGUCGGGCAGCACGGCAAAAGACACCAUCGUUGCUGGGCGGGACGGGGGACGAGAUUACACCGAAAUCAACUCCAUCCCCCCGCUUCCGCUGUACGCCCUUCUGUCCGCUGACCAGGAUAACUCCUACAAGUCUGGAGAGGAGGCGGGAAAAGCCGGAAAGGGGGCGGAGCUUGAGAAACAGAAACCGUUGGAGGAUCAGUAUACAGAUCUGUUUCAGGUUCAGACCGUCACCACCGAUGACUUUGUGAGCUUUGCGGCAGAAAAACCGGAGAAGAAGUCUCGUGUGAUUAACCUGUCGCAGUACGGGCCCACAUACUUCGGGCCCGAGCACGCGCAAGUGCUGUCUUCGCAUCUCAUGCACUCCAGUCUGCCGGGUCUCACGCGUCUCGAGCAGAUGUUCCUUGUGGCUCUCGCCGAUACUGUUGCAACCACCAGUGCUGAAGUGACGGGAUCCACAGAUAAACAGUACUCAGGUGGGGAUUCCUUAGAUGAGUGUGGGUUACGUUACCUGCUGGCCAUGAGGUUACACACCUGUCUGUUGACAUCACUGCCUCCCCUUUACAGGCUACAGCUACUUCAUCAAGGUGUGUCAACGUGUCACUUUGCGUGGGCAUUCCACUCGGAGGCGGAGGAGGAGAUGUUGAACAUGAUUCCCGCUAUGCAGAGGGGAGAUCCGCAGUGGUCCGAGCUGCGAGCGGUGGGCGUCGGCUGGUGGAUCCGAAACAUUAACACACUGAGACGCAUUGUGGAGAAGGUGGCUAAAGUGGCGUUUCAGAGGAAUAAUGAUCCGCUGGACGCAGCUCUCUUUUAUCUGGCUAUGAAGAAGAAAGCGGUGCUCUGGGGUUUGUUCAGGUCUCAGCACGAUGAGAAGAUGACUCAAUUUUUCAGUCAUAACUUCAGCGAGGACCGCUGGAGGAAAGCGGCUCUGAAGAAUGCCUUUUCUCUUCUGGGGAAACAACGCUUUGAGCAGUCGGCCGCCUUCUUUCUGCUGGCGGGAUCCCUGAAAGAUGCCAUCGAGGUGUGUCUGGAGAAGAUGGAGGACAUUCAGCUGGCGAUGAUAGUGGCUCGUCUAUAUGAGGCGGACUACGAGAGCUCUUCCACCUGUAAAGGAAUCCUGUAUGAGAAAGUUCUGGGCUGUGACCGAGAUGGCAGCGGUUUCUCCUGCACCAGACUCCAUCCCGACCCGUUCCUGAGGAGCAUCGCUUACUGGAUCAUGAAGGAUUACACCAGAGCUCUGGAUACAUUGCUGGAGCAGAUCUAUAAAGAAGACGAUGAGAACCCUGACGUCUUGAUAAAAUCCUGCAACCCCGUCGUGUUUAGUUUCUACAACUUCUUACGCACACAUCCUCUUAUCAUUCGCCGGCAUCUGGCCAUGCCUGAGUCAUCUCUGGCGGCAGUCGCUCCAACAUCUGAACGCAGCAGCUCCUACAAGAUCAACCUGAUCGAGCGCAAGCUCUUCUUCACCACCGCUAACGCUCACUUUAAAGUGGGCUGCCCGCUCCUGGCCCUCGAGGUCCUAUCCAAGAUCCCCAAUGUCACCAAGAAGGCGUCUUCUCUGAGUAAAGGCUCGUCCGUGGCUAACGUCAGUGGCGGGCAGCCGCAGGAGAACGGAAGCAAGCCUGCAGAAGCGGACUGGAGCGCUCCAGCCUGGGGAGUGGAAUCGUCCGCCGGUCUGGACUGGAGUCAGCCGCUGGUUAAAUUGGAGGAUGACGGUCUGCAGCUGGACUGGGGGAUCCAUAACGAGGACGAUGAGGAUGAGGAGGAUGGGCUGACGAUGAAGAAGCCAGAGGAAGAGGAAGUUAAAAAAGCCUCGGGCCUGCAACGCGACGAGUUGGCGGGCGAGUCGGAGGUGGACGUGAUAGCAGAACAGCUGAAGUUCAGAGCCUGUCUGAAGAUCCUCAUGACAGAACUGAGGACUCUGGCCACAGGAUACGAGGUGGACGGAGGAAAGCUGCGUUUUCAGCUCUAUAACUGGCUGGAGAAAGAGAUUGAAGCCAUGCAUCACAUCUGUAACUACAAGUUUGAAGGGAAGACGGCUGUGGGUCAGUUGGAGAAGUGGGGUGGAGAUGGAUCUCUUGAUCUGGACGACACACAGUUUCGGGGUGAAGCAGGAGCGUACGAGCGACAUCAGGUGGAGCGACGGCGUCUGCAGGCCAAACAGAUCCAUGCGGAGCGGAGAAAAGCCUGGCUGAGGAAGAACCAGGCUCUCCUCAGAGUCUUCCUCAGUUACUGCAGUCUGCACGGAGCCAAAGGUGGAGGAGUGACGUCGGUCAGGAUGGAGCUUCUCUUCCUCCUGCAGGAAUCACAGCAGGAAAUGACAGUGAAGCAGCUUCAGUCGCCCCUGCCUCUCCCCACCACUCUGCCCCUGCUGUCGGCCAGCAUCGCAACCACCAAAACCGUCAUUGCCAACCCCGUCUUGCAUCUCAGCAACCACAUACACGACAUCCUCUACACCAUCGUCCAGAUGGAGGCUCCGCCACACCCAGAUGUACUGGAUGACCGGGUGGUCGCUUUACACACUCUUGCGGCGUCAUUGUCAGCUUGUAUCUACCAAUCACUGUGUGACAGCCACAGCUACAGCAGUCAGUCGGAGACCAAUCAGUUCACAGGGAUGGUGUAUCAGGGGCUGUUACUAAGCGACAGGCGGAGACUGCGCACUGAGAGUAUUGAGGAACAUGCCACGCCCACUUCUGCUCCCUCACAGUGGCCAGGUGUGUCGUCUCUGCUCAGUUUGUUAGCCUGUGCUCAGGGAGAUGAUCAUGUGCGCCUGAACGUCAUGUUGUGUGAGGCGGUGGUGGCGGUGUACCUCAGUCUGCUGAUCCACGGCUUGGGCACACACUCCGGUAAUGAGCUCUUCCGGCUGGCCGCUCAUCCUCUCAACAACCGCAUGUGGGCUGCAGUGUUCGGGGGCGGGGCCAAACUCAUCAUCAAACCCAAGAGGCCACCUGACAUCACUCCGGCGGCCCCGCCUCCAACGCCCCCCGCUGAGGAUGUGGACCGGCAGCGGCGCAGGUUUAACAUGCGUAUGCUGGUUCCGGGACGUCCGGUUAAAGAGACUCCGGCCACGCCUCCGCCCAUUCCUGUUGCACGUCCCACAUACAAAGAGAAGUUCAUCCCACCUGAGCUCAGCAUGUGGGAUUAUUUUGUGGCCAAACCCUUCCUCCCGCUGUCUGACAGCGGUGCUCUGUAUGACUCGGAUGAGAGCGGUGCUAGUGAUAAUGAAGAUGAUGAUGAUGAUGAUGAUGCCUUCUUCUCUGACACAAAGAUCACAGAACACUCCAAUUCAAACUCGUACAGUUGGUGUCUGAUCCGUCUGGCGAUGGUGAAACUGGCUGUGAAUAAUGUCAAGAUGUUCCUGCCACUCACAGGACUGGACUUCACAGAGCUGCCGGUGACGUCUCCUCUGGCAAACGCUGUUCUCAAGACGCUGGAAAACUGGGAGCAGAUUAUACUGGAGAGCAUGAAUAAAUUUGACGGACCUCCACCCAACUACAUCAACACUUACCCCACAGACUUGAGCGCUGGUGGAGGACCGGCUAUACUGCGACACAAAGCCAUGCUGGAGCCCGAGAACACACCCUUCAAGUCGAAGCAUCAUCCCUCCUUCCCCGCCCGCCGUCUCUGGCACUUCCUGGUCAAACAGGAAGGGCUUCAGGAGACUUUCAUUCGCUACAUCUUCACCAAGAAGAGGAAGCAGAGUGAGUCUUUAGAUAAUCAUGUGGACAACCUCAUACAAAACUGGGUUACUGGAGCUCGCAAAACCAACAAGGUGGAGGCUGACAUGGGUUACCCAGGAGGAAAAGCCAAAAUCAUCCACAAAGAGUCAGACAUCAUCAUGGCUUUUGCCAUUAACAAGGCGAACACAAAUGAAAUCGUGCUGGCGUCCACUCAUGAUGUUCAGGAAGUGGACGUGUCGACGCUGCUCGCGGCUCAACCUUUCACCUGGAUCGGAGAAGACUUUGACAAGGAGUCUCGUAGCUCUGAUGAUGUGGAUUAUCGUUCGUCUCACACUAACAUCGCUCAGGCCAGCGGCGGUCCCUUCACUCCUCAGCAGAUGGCAGCGUCCUCCUCUAUGCCCUGGCUGGGCAGUGGACAGACCAGCAUGGGUGCAAGCGUGAUCAUGAAGAGGAAUCUGAACAAUGUGAAGAGAAUGACAUCUCACCCCAUCUAUCAAUACUAUAUGACAGGGGCUCAGGAUGGCAGUGUGAGGAUGUUCGAGUGGAAUCGUCCACAGCAGCUCAUUUGUUUCAGACAGGCGGGAAACGCUCGAGUCACGCGUCUCUAUUUCAACUCACAGGGAAACAAGUGUGGUGUUGCAGAUGGAGAGGGAUUUCUGAGCCUCUGGCAGGUCAAUCAGACAUCUUCAAACCCAAAACCAUAUUUGAGUUGGCAGUGUCACAGUAAAAGCUGUGGAGAUUUUGCCUUCAUCACGUCCUCCAGUCUGAUCGCAACAGCAGGACAGUCCAAUGAUGGCAGAAAUGUUUGUUUAUGGGACACUCUGGUCUCGCCCAGUAACACUAUGAUACACGCGUUCCAGUGCCACGAGAACGGAGCGACGGUUCUUCAGUACGCUCCUAAACAGCAGCUCAUCAUCACGGGCGGCAGGAAAGGCUUCGUGUGUAUCUUCGAUAUCCGUCAGAGACAGCUGCUUCACACGUUUCAGGCGCACGAUUCAGCCAUCAAAGCUCUGGCCAUGGACUCAACAGAGGACUUCUUCGUCACCGGCUCGGCCGAGGGAAACAUGAAGGUGUGGAAGUUAGCGGGUCACGGCCUCAUGCACUCCUUCAGCGCCGAGCACGCUAAACAGUCCAUCUUCAGAAACAUUGGCGCUGGCGUGAUGCAGGUGGAAACUUGCCCAGGGAAUCGGAUCUUCACCUGCGGAGCCGAUGGAACGCUGAAGAUGCGAGUGCUUCCCGACCGCUACAACAUUCCAGCCAGUAUAUUCCAGAUCCUCUAAUAGCGCGGCGGACAGGAACGCUUUCAUCGGCACCUCCGCGUUUCAGUGAACCGUAGGAAUCUCACGCUGCUGAACAUCUUUACCCCGUCCCAUGAUAGACGCAGAGAAAGGAGCGUGCAGGAGGUCUCUGGGCUGCUGUCAUUCCCAGAGUCUGACGCUCCGUACGUAACAUGUCGGUAGGAAAGCUGUUUGCAUGAGCCGUGUCAAUCAAGGCACUUCAUUCCCGGGUUAUUGGUUGUGUCGUGUAAACGUGCUCAAAGCUUCAUUUUUAAUGUGUGUGUGUGUUUUUAUUUCAAACGACCAGCACUGUGCUUCUGCUCUCAGUGUCAGAGUCCAGCUGUCGGGGUCUGGUUUUUUACUGUAUCUUUUCUCAUUGGCUGCUGAUGUGUUUGUGGAGUGUAAAAUGGCACAGUACCCUGGCGGUCCGGUGCGUCGCUGCGGCCCCAGAGACCCCCCAACCAUCACCACCCGUCCACACACACACAUACAGGCUUGUUUCUGUAGCAGCCAAACUGCAAAACAUUUCAUGUGAGGCUAUGACGUGUUUCACCUCUUCAAGCUUUCAAAAGAAAACUUUUGUUUUGCACAUAAUGUAUAUUCUUUGUUUUUUGUGUUCCUUGUAUUUAUAUUUAACGUUAGGAAUGUCUGGUAUGUUUUAGAUGUCUGGGACAAAGUGCAACACUGAAUAGCUUUUUGUUUUAUUUUAUUGACGUAUUUAUUUUGUUCAUGUUUUAUCUAUUCAGAAUAUUUGCACUGAGAACUGAGGAAACAAUAAAGUCUUGUGCUGAAAAGCUCGAUUAGAGAAAACUGUUGUAAACACAUGAAUGUCUGGCUGUGUGUGGCCGAGUAGCUAAAAGUGGAAAUAGUUUGAAAUGAGUAUAUAUAUAAUAUAAAUAAAUCUAUAUAUAUAUACAUAGAUGAAUAUUAAAAUGACCUUGCUUGUACAAACACGAGGAUGCUUUUAGUUCUUAUUCUGCUGGAUUUGAUCUUAGCUGCUGGAAUAGUACUACAGUAUAUUUGCUUGGAUGUAUGUGAUGUAUUUCUUCAAGUCAUCUUUGUGUUUCUGUCUGAUUUGCUGGCCAUCCUGUCGACUGUACGUGUUUAAAUGUGUAUUUAUUGAACGGCCUGAUCUGUCUGCGUGUGUAAAAAGCCUCAAACCACUGACUGAUGUUUCUGAAGGAACAGCUACUUCUGUCGUGCUCAAAGUUUGACCUUUGUAAACUCAAUAAAUUCUUUGUUUUUUGAAGAGGA